AUGACCCGGAAGUCUCACCCAUAGGCUUACUUCCGCGUUGAAGAAAAAGGUGGAUAAUAGAGAAACAGAAAGCUUUAGGUAUAGCAUUAACGGUUGCGUUCAACAAAAAGAGUCAUGGUUCAAGCCAAAACCUGGGUUCUGAAGCAGCACUUUGAGGGCUUUCCUAAAGACACCGACUUCGAGCUGAAACUAGAGCAGCUCUCUAAGCCCAAAGAUGGAGGUUUGCGAUUCUCCGAUUUCAUAUUUUUCCCAUAUUUGCUCUGUUGCAUACCAAGUGGCAUUUAUUCUUGUUCUUCAGAGGUUCUUCUAGAGGCAGUGUUCCUUAGUGUGGACCCUUACAUGCGACCAUACAGCCGUGUCCGAAUGCAAGCAGGAGAUGUGAUGAUCGGAACUCAAGUUGCCAAAGUGAUUCAAAGUAAUAAUCCUUCAUUUCCUGUGGGCUGCCAUGUGGUUGGUCAAUGUGGUUGGAGAACACAUAAUGUGUCAGAUGGGAGCGAUAUCACCAAAGUCUUGGAUGCCUGGCCUCAGAGUGUCUCCCUCUCCCAUGCCCUUGGAGCCAUUGGCAUGCCAGGGUUGACAGCACUCUAUGGUUUGGAGGAGGUCUGUGCCAUCAAACCAGGAGAAACCUUACUGGUGAAUGCAGCCGCAGGGGCUGUUGGUUCUGUGGCUGGUCAAAUUGCCAAACUAAAAGGCUGCAAGGUUGUGGGUUCAGCAGGAGGUGAUGACAAGGUGGCAUACCUAAAAGAGCUGGGCUUUGACCAGGCCUUCAACUACAAGACUGUCUCUUCACUAGAGGAAGCGCUGAAGAACGCUUCACCUGAAGGAUAUGACUGCUACUUUGAGAAUGUGGGCGGCCCUUUUUCGAGUGUUGCUAUUACACAGAUGAAGGCAUUUGGCCGUAUUGCUGUAUGUGGAGGAAUAUCACUAUAUAACGACACCACUCAACAAACAGGUCCUUAUCCACAGCUUGAGAUGAUUUUUAAGCAGUUGAAAAUGGAAGGUUUCUUGGUAAGCAGGUGGGAACAUAAAAAUGAAGAGUCACUGAAGCGAAUGUUGACCUGGAUGCAAGAGGGAAAGCUGAAGUGUAAAGAACAUGUUACUGUUGGCUUUGAAAACAUGCCUGCUGCAUUCAUGGGGAUGCUGCGGGGAGAAAAUAUCGGAAAAGCCAUUGUUAAAGUCUAAUGGCAGGUGUUUCAGUGGUUUGUUCAUGAAGCAACAGUCUUGCCCUUUUUGUUAUAGAUACUGCAUUAUUAAUCGUAUGUUUUCAUGUUGUGUCCUUUAUUUUGUUUUACAAAUAAUAAGUCUGUUUUUGUACAUUGAGUGUCACAUUUGCAACAUUCUCUAGGACAGAUAUGCACAAAACAGGAAAAAAAUUAUACUUUUUUUAAUAUUAGAAGCAGCAAGGAGAUUUUGAUCUCAAAAGAUUAACGUGCAUAGGCCUAUUACGUCUCUUGCUCAGCAUUAUUCAGAAUUUGUCAAUUCUGUCAUAAAAAAACUGAGCAGAAUAUGCCGAGUCAACAUGAACUAGAAGAACUACAUGAAUAACAGCGACAGCAUAAAAAUCAUUAACGGUCUUUAGACGCCCUUUAGUCAGAGUAAGUAAGAUGGAUACAGACAGGCAAAUAAUGACGCUUUGUAGAGGUUUCUAAAAAGUUAUUUUGAUAUAUAAAUAAAUGCAUGAUCUUAAAAAAAAUUAUUUGGUAUUUUUACAACCUGCACUGGGUGGUUGGUGGUAAUGUACAGUGACACAACACAAAUAUCUGUCUGAACGCUGACAUCUUGUGGCUAUUUAUGAAGGAAUCGUAGUUCAUAGUGAAUAUUCAUGAAGAAGAGACGGUCAUCUUAUGUGCGGGGCGAAGAAAAGAAUUGUGUAUUUCAUCCAUGA